AUGGCAUCGACCUUCAAAUGUUGGGCCGACCACGGUGCUAAACCCGGUAGCGUGGGAUCUAUAGCGCACGAGAUCUUCGAGUUCAUCGCGCAGAAGGACCGCGAGGGUGCGAGAAUCACCUUCGUAUGGCUGGAUAAUAAGAAUCCAUGCUUCUGCGCACCCGGAUGGGGGUGUUCAAUCGAAGCGUUAAGAUAUUUGGCGCGGGAGACGCUGCAGACGCGGCAGCCAGUGGGGAUGAGAGCGCUGUAUGGGUUUUAUGGAGUGGAGAGCAGUCAGAGGUAUGAGAAUAUCCGGGACUCGUUGAAUGAGAAUGAGGGACAGUGCUUAGUGGGAAUGCUACAGAUGUGUUGGCGUUGUAUGAUGAGAUUGGGGGGCAGUGGCGACCAAGCAGAGGGCGAUGGAUGA